AUGAAAGUGGUAGUUUCGACUGUAAAUUUCAUAAAAUCACGAGGACUCAAUCACAGGCAAUUCAAACAAUUCCUUGAUGACAUCGAAAGCGAAUAUGGAGAUUUACUGUAUUAUACAGAAGUAAGGUGGCUAAGUCGUGGAUUGAUACUGGAACGAUUUCUAAAUUUAAUAGAAGAAAUUGGAAUAUUUCUGGCGGAAAAGCAAAGGGAUGUCCCGGAACUUAAAAACCUUGAUUGGUUGUGUGAUUUGGCUUCUUUAGUUGAUACAAAUCAUUUGAAUGUCUUGAACACACGGCUUCAAGGCAAAAAUCAACUGAUAUUCCAGCUCUACGCUCAUGUAUCAUCCUUUCAAUGCAAGCUGACACUUUUCAGAUCGCAAUUGAAUUCUGGAAAUUACAAUCAUUUUCCGAAUUUUAAGAAAAUGGCUGAAAAAUUCAACAAAACUGCGAUUAAUUUCAGUUAUGUAGAAAAGCUAGAUAUUUUGAUUCAAUCUUUUCAAGACAGAUUUUCAAAAAAGUGA